UUUUCCUUCAAAAUUUUCACAAUGAACAAAUACCAACAACCGGAGCUUACACAGCCUCCAGGAAGUGAUGUAGAGGUCGGGUCUGGGACGAGGCCAGAAUCGAACUUUCGCGGAUUGUCUGAUGUACAAAAAUGGAAGAAGGAAGAUUGGAUGAAGAAAGGGGUGUUGGCUUUGAUUUUAAGAUCUUGUGCUUUGGUGUUUUCUUUCUUGGCUUUUAUUCUCUUUGCUACUCUCCCUGGCUUCCAUUUAACUGAAAGUAUGAGUUAUGGGUUUGCAAUAGCUUUAAUAGCAAUGGUAUACACGGUGGUGCAAGUCGGGAUAAAAGGUCAUGAGCUUCGUACAGGAAACGACGUGAUUACACCUGAACUUGCAUAUUGGAUAGACUUUAUUGGAGACCAGGUUUUGGCAUACAUGUUAUUUUCAUCAGCAUCAGUAGGAGCAGCAAUUACUAAUCCGGCAAGGAAGUUGGCAUACAGGGAUCCAACGUUAGAUCAUAUCGCUGCAGCCAUUAGCAUGUCCUUUUUGGCCUUCUUUUCUCUUGCUUCUGCAGCACUUAUUUCAUCUUAUCAUCUCUUCGCCGAGUUAUCUAAAUCAUAA